UGAAUCGUCAAGCACUCUAGCGUAACCAACAUUGCGGUUGCGGUCUGGCGUUGCGGCUGAGGCGAUUGGGCACGUAACUACCUAAAUUACGGAUUGCCCAGUACAUCCCCAUACUUCAUACGUGGAUAAGGUAGGUGUCAAGGAAAAUAAGGUAAUCUGCUUUCUUGUAACCUGGGAACUGGGUCUGAUCCAGCGGCCACUCUACCCAUCACCGACUCCGUUACUCCUUUUCAGUUCUUUUCCCUACUGCCAACUUACAUAAUACUUGAUACCCUCAUCGGCCGGUGCCUCUCUCUCUCCCAGACGCUCGCUCCCCUUUGCCGUCCUGUUAAUCCUCCCGUCCCCGUCUCCGCACCCCGACUCCCCGCCUUGACCUACGACAAACACAUCUGAACUUGUUUGCGACGGCGACCACGAUUUGUGUCAACGACAUCAAGCUCUUGAUUGACAGCAACCAUGGCCUACAACAGAUCUUACAACCCCGACGAGCUCCCCAGAUUCGCCGAGCCAGAGCCAAGAAAAGGCACCUCACCUGCUCCGCCUCAGCAGGCCCCUUCCACAGCGCGCUACGAGACGAAGCCACCACCUCCCCGCCCGGUCGAACAUCGCAACACCGGCUUCGACCAGCGUCAGAACACGUACGAUCCCCAUCGUCAAAAUACAUACAAUCAAAACGCAUACAGCCAAAACCACUACGCUUCCGGCUCAGCAGACCCGCACCGACUAUCACCGAGAAUGCAGCAAGGACCACCACCAGACCGCUACGGCAUGAGCCCGCCUCCCUCGGCGACCGGUAGCCGGCCCGCUCAUCAUAACCUCCCUCCUGUCUCUUCGCGACCGCCCCCGAGCCCGACGACCCGCGAUGGCGCCGACCCGACUCUUCUUCCCCUAUUCAGGGCCGUCGAUAAGGAUGGUACCGGCCAGCUCUCCGAAAGAGAACUCUCCGCCGCGCUCGUCAACGGUGACUGGAGCGCCUUCGACCCGCACACCGUCCGCAUGAUGAUCCGCAUGUUCGACAGCGACCGCAGCGGCACAAUCGGGUUCGAGGAGUUUUGCGGGCUCUGGUCCUUUUUGGCCUCGUGGCGGACGCUGUUCGACCGCUUCGACAUGGACAAGUCCGGCAACAUUAGCCUGUACGAGUUCAACAACGCGCUGGUGGCGUUCCGCUACCGGCUCAGCCCGCGCUUCGUCGAGCUACUCUUCCGCACGUACGACAAGCGCGGCGACGGCGUCAUGAGCUUCGAUCUCUUUGUGCAGGCUUGCAUCAGCCUGAAGCGCAUGACGGAUGUGUUCAAGAAGUACGACGAUGAUCGCGAUGGAUACAUUACGCUGAGCUUUGAGGACUUCUUGACGGAGAUUCUGCGCCAGCUGAAGUAAAAGACCGAGUUUGUCGGUUGUUUUGG